UGUUGAUGGCAGCAGCACAGCUGAUAUUUCUCUCCAGGAUGGCGUAGGAAAGUAUGAAAAGCAACUAUUUAACUUUGAGUACAACAAACAGAAGGCCACAAGACUUUUAUCUGGGUCUGAGGCUUUGGUGCAAUCCAACUCAUACAUUCAUGAAUGUUUUCGUUUAAAGCAUAGAAAUCAAUCACCUUUAAUCUGAAUGAGCUCAGAAAUGAGGUCAGACUAAAUGUUUUGUCAGAUUGAUGAGAAUUGUACCAUAAAGAUCAGAAUGUUUGCAGAUCUGUUGGGAAUCGUUUGUUAAGAAAUGUUAGAAAUGAACAUUGAAAGUCUCCCCUUUACCCCGUUUCCUGUAGGCGCCCUCCCCGCCACGGUCCAGGGAAGCUACGCCGAGACCCGACCCACUUCCUCCACCGGCCACAUCAAGAGACCCAUGAACGCCUUCAUGGUGUGGGCCAAGGACGAGCGCAGGAGGAUCCUCCAGGCUUACCCAGACAUGCACAACUCCUCCAUCAGCAAGAUCCUGGGCACCAGGUGGAAGGCCAUGUCCAACCAGGAGAAGCAGCCGUACUAUGAGGAGCAGGCCAGGCUGAGCAGGCAGCAUCUGGAGCGUUACCCCGACUACAAGUACAAACCGCGGCCCAAACGGACCUGCAUCGUAGAGGGCCGAAGGCUGAGGGUGGGCGAGUACAAGGCCAUGAUGAAGAGCCGCCGACAGGAGCAGAGAGCCUCCUACGCACACAGUCAAACCGAGCCGCAGCAGAUCCAUUACUCCCAAAGCGACGGCCAGUAUCCAGCCGGCGGCUCCAUCUCCGUCCCAGGCUUGCCGUUUCACCCCGCGCUGCUGGAGCACUACCUGCCGCAGGUCCCGCCCCCUGGCCGCAGGCCCGAGGGCCGGGCCACGCCCACCCCGCAGCCCAGAGACAGAGAGAGGAAACGAGAGAGGGAGCGUUCCCCCUACAGCGAAGGAGAGGAAAGCGACGCGGGAGAGAGGAGCGAAGGGGAGCUAGUGCUCCUCACAGACUGAUGAGCAGAACUGGGAGGAACUGGGAG